CACGCAUCCGACGGCCGGACGCCGUCCACGACGCCGCGCUGCGUCCAUCUCCGCGCGCGCGGUGGGGCAGCAGUACACGGGCGGCGUCGUGGCGUCGUCGCAACGGCUAUAACUGGGACAUCCACGCAUGUUACCCGCCAUAUCUUGUCUCCUCCCCUCCCCUCCCCCCGAAGGAUUCGUGGCAGCGGCACCAGCAGCAGCAGGCCAGCACGUCCACCCCACCUCCCCCCACCCCUACCCCUACCCCUACCUAGCUGCCUCGCAGCAGGCGGGCCCCGCGUCCAGCUUCCGGCGAGCCGGCGGCGGGCGGCAUUACGCUCUCCGGGCCGGUUCAUUGACGGAGUGAGGGAUGGCGGACCGGCCAGCGCCGCCGCUGGACGGGAUCACGGUCGACGGGGGCGGCAGGACGCCGCCGGCGGGGCCGGGGCUGCCGAGGCCUCCGGGGUUCCGGGGUCUGAUGCAGCAGCCGUCGCGGCUGGCGUCCGGGGUGCGGCAGUUCGCGUCGCGGGUGUCGAUGAAGGUGCCGGAGGUGGUGCCCGGCAUCCGGCCGGGCGGCGGGCGGAUGACGCGGAUGCAGUCCAGCGCGCAGAUGGGGCUCAAGGGGCUGCGCUUCCUCGACAAGACGUCCGGCAGCAAGGAGGGCUGGAAGGCCGUCGAGCGCCGCUUCGACGAGAUGAGCAAGGCCAGCGGCCGCCUCCCCAAGGAGAGCUUCGGCAAGUGCAUCGGCAUGGGGGACUCCAAGGAGUUCGCCGGCGAGCUGUUCGUGACGCUGUCGAGGCGGAGGAGCAUCGAGCCGGAGCAGGGCAUCACCAAGGAGCAGCUCAGGGAGUUCUGGACCGAGAUGACCGACCAGAACUUCGACUCGCGGCUCCGCAUUUUCUUCGACAUGUGCGACAAGAACGGCGAUGGGAUGCUCACGGAAGAUGAGGUCAAGGAGGUUAUUAUACUGAGCGCGUCGGCGAACAAGCUGGCCAAGCUGAAGAGCCACGCCGCGACCUACUCGUCGCUGAUCAUGGAGGAGCUCGACCCCGACGACCGCGGCUACAUCGAGAUUUGGCAGCUGGAGACGCUGCUGCGCGGGAUGGUGAGCGCGCAGGCGCCGGAGGUGAAGCUGAAGCGGACGACGUCGAGCCUGGCGAGGACGAUGAUCCCGAUGCGGUACCGGAGCCCGCUGAAGCGGCACGUCACCAGGACCAUGGACUUCAUCCACGAGAACUGGAAGCGGAUAUGGCUGGUGACGCUGUGGCUGGCCGCCAACCUCGCCCUCUUCGUCUACAAGUUCGAGCAGUACAAGCACCGGUCCUCCUUCCAGGUCAUGGGCAACUGCGUCUGCAUCGCCAAGGGCGCCGCCGAGACGCUCAAGCUCAACAUGGCGCUCAUCCUGCUGCCCGUCUGCCGCAACACGCUCACCACCCUCCGGUCCACCGCGCUCAGCCACGUCAUCCCCUUCGACGACAACAUCAACUUCCACAAGGUGCUCGCCGGCGCAAUCGCCGUCGGCACGGUGGUGCAUACGCUCGCACACGUCACCUGCGACUUCCCCAGGCUCAUCUCCUGCCCCAGCGACAAGUUCAUGGCCCUGCUGGGCCCCAACUUCGGCUUCAGGCAGCCGACGUACCCGGACCUGCUGGCCAGCGCCCCCGGGGUCACAGGCAUCCUCAUGAUCAUCAUCAUGUCCUUCUCCUUCACGCUGGCCAUGCACACCUUCAGGCGGAGCGUCGUCAAGCUGCCAUCACCGCUGCACCACCUCGCCGGCUUCAACGCCUUCUGGUACGCGCACCACCUGCUGCUGCUCGUCUAUGUCCUCCUGGUGGUGCAUUCCUACUUCAUAUUCCUCACCAGGGUCUGGUACAAGAAAACGGUAAUUAAAUCCUCUGCCCUCCUUACGUAUAUAUACUUGGGUUUCUUUCCUGUAAAUUCAAAUGUUGAUGAUCGUUAUUUGUUCACUCAGACAUGGAUGUUCUUGAUAGUCCCUGUCCUCUUCUACGCCUGCGAGAGAAUUAUCAGAAAAGUCCGCGAGAACAACUAUCAUGUGAACAUUCUCAAGGCUGCGAUUUACCCAGGAAACGUGCUCUCUCUUCACAUGAAGAAGCCACCGGGUUUCAAGUACAAGAGUGGGAUGUACCUGUUUGUGAAAUGCCCUGACGUUUCGCCUUUCGAAUGGCAUCCGUUCUCCAUCACUUCUGCACCUGGAGAUGAUUACCUGAGCGUGCAUAUCCGCACGCUAGGUGACUGGACAUCUGAACUCAGGAACUUGUUCGGGAAGUGUUGCGAGGCACAAGUUACUUCCAAGAAGGCUACCCUUUCGAGACUUGAAACUACAGUUGUGGCAGACUCUACGACAGAAGACACCAGGUUUCCUAAGGUCUUUAUCGAUGGCCCUUAUGGUGCACCGGCGCAAAAUUACAAGAAAUACGACAUUCUUUUGCUUAUCGGUCUUGGGAUUGGCGCGACUCCUUUCAUCAGCAUAUUGAAAGAUCUCUUGAACAACAUAAAGUCCAAUGAUGAGGUGGAAAGCAUACACGGUUCUGAGAUAGGCAGCUUCAAGAACAGUGGGCCAGGGAGAGCUUACUUCUAUUGGGUUACCAGAGAGCAAGGAUCCUUCGACUGGUUCAAAGGAGUCAUGAAUGAAGUUGCUGACAAUGAUCACAGCAAUGUCAUAGAGAUGCACAAUUACCUCACCAGCGUGUAUGAAGAAGGCGACGCAAGGUCAGCGCUGAUUGCCAUGGUUCAGUCACUCCAACAUGCCAAAAAUGGUGUUGACAUCGUCUCUGGAAGCAAGAUUCGGACACAUUUUGCAAGACCUAACUGGAGAAAAGUGUUCUCUGAUUUGGCCAAUGCGCACAAGAACUCUCGUAUAGGUGUUUUCUAUUGUGGAUCUCCAACACUCACAAAACAACUCAAGGAUCUUUCAAAAGAAUUCAGCCAAACAACCACAACUAGGUUCCAUUUCCACAAGGAGAACUUCUAAGACCGUACGCAAAGAAUUUCAAACAGUUUGCAGAUAUACUUGUAUAGGAAAAGAAAUAUGAUAGCACUCGAAUAGUAAAUAUAGCUUUACAAGUUUUGUUGUACGCUGGGUUGUACAAAGUACAUUGAAAGCUAGUGUCACCAGCAUGCAUAGACUGGAAUACUUAGACAUAUCUGUAUUGUAACAGUGAGAUUGAUUGUAUUGUAACAGUGAGAUUGAUUGUUAGGUUAUGCCCCUUGAACACGCAAGCUUUCUCUCUUCA